ACAAUCUUUUUAGGGUUUCACAAGUUCACUUAAAAAGAGUCUUUCUUCAACUACUGUAAAUGCAAAAUGGAUCGAAGAGAUGCAAUGGGAUUAUCCGGGUCGGGUUCUUACUAUAUCCAUAGAGGAUUAUCCGGGUCGGGUCCUCCAACGUUUCAUGGAUCAUCACAGCAGCAAGGGCUUCGUCACUUACCUAAUCAAAACUCUCCAUUCGGGCCAGGCUCCACUGGUUUCGGAUCUCCUUCUUUACACGGUGAUCCUUCUCCGGCAACAGCGGCCGGAGGAGCCGGAGCUCUUCCUCAUCAUAUCGGCGUUAAUAUGAUUGCUCCUCCUCCACCUCCGAGUGAAACUCCGAUGAAACGAAAGAGAGGACGUCCUAGAAAAUACGGACAAGACGGUUCUGUUUCUUUGGCACUGUCGUCUUCCUCUGUUUCGACCAUUACUCCCAACAACUCUAACAAACGCGGCCGUGGUCGACCUCCGGGUUCCGGCAAGAAACAGAGAAUGGCUUCCAUUGGUGAAUUGAUGCCUUCAUCUUCUGGAAUGAGCUUCACGCCACACGUUAUCGCUGUUUCAAUAGGAGAAGAUAUUGCAUCAAAGGUUAUAUCUUUCUCUCAACAAGGUCCAAGAGCCAUUUGCGUUUUAUCUGCAAGUGGUGCAGUCUCUACUGCAACACUUCUUCAACCAUCAGCAUCUCCCGGAGCUAUUAAAUACGAGGGCCGGUUUGAAAUCCUAGCGUUAUCAACAUCUUAUCUAGUGGCAACUGAUGGAAGCUUCCGUAAUCGAACUGGAAACUUAUCGGUUUCGCUUGCUAGCCCCGAUGGGCGUGUGAUUGGCGGUGCCAUUGGUGGGCCUUUAAUAGCAGCAAGUCCUGUUCAGGUUAUAAUAGGGAGCUUUAUAUGGGCAGCUCCAAAGAUCAAGAGCAAGAAACGAGAAGAAGAAGCUUCUGAAGUUGUUCAAGACACUGAUGAUCAUCACGUUCUGGACAAUAAUAACAACACGAUUUCACCUGUCCCUCAGCAGCAGCAGCAGCAGCCAAGUCAAAACCUGAUAUGGUCAACAGGUUCAAGGCAAAUGGAUAUGCGUCAUGCUCAUGCUGAUAUUGAUUUAAUGCGCGGUUGAUGAUGAUGAUAGCGAGAAAGAACUCUGUGUAUAUAAAGCAUGGAAUCUAGGAAGAAGAAGAAGGAAUAUAAGCUAACCUCUGAACAAAAGUAUGUGGAAAUGUUAGGCAAAAAGAUUGACUCUAUUAGUGUACCUCUCAAAUCUAUAAGCUUAUUUGGUUUUGUUGUUUUUGUGACUCUGAAGAUUUGCAGAGUUCCUUGAUUUCUCUAUUUCAGAUUGUUCAGUCUUUACCUUUGCUUGCAAUUGUGAUUCUACUUCUACAGCUUAGAUUUCAGUUCAUUGACUGAAGAAAGUCUCCGGUUGAAG